AUUCCCAUUGGAUUACAUGAAAGUGAGAGCACAAGAGAGUUGUGCCCUAAAGAUGACUCCGACGAAGACAUCAUUCUCUAUGAGAACGGAAUCCAGAAUCCAAUUCCCAUUCCUGAGGAAACCAUUUAUGGAAAUCAUAUGAAAUCUAUUGAAGAAAACAUUCAAAUAGUGGACACAACCAAAUGGACUAAAGCUUUGAAAGGCAUUUGUUUGACUAUAAUAUCGGCACUAUUUUUCUCUAUAACCACUGUUAUAGUAAAGUAUUGCAAAGAUGUAGACCCUUCAGAAAUGGCAUUCUUCAGAUUCUUAGGAAUAUUAUUGUUCACAAUUCCUGUGGUAAUGGAGAUCAAGAGUAAUCCAUUUGGUCCCUCAAAAUCGCGUAUUUGGCUAAUACUUCGAGGAAUAGCCGGUGCCACGAGUUUAUACUUCAGAUAUAGUGCCCUCCAUUACAUGUCAAUAGCCAACGCUACUGUAAUCGUACUCUCAAUGCCUGUAUUUGUGUUCAUUUUCGCCAAAAUAUUCCUCAAAGAAUCGUUUGUCAACAUUAGCUUCAGUCACACAACCAUUAAUAUAUUUAAAGCUGACAAUCACAGAGAGUUAAUUGGACUCGGCUUUAGUAUUGGCGCUACUCUUAUCGGAUCAUCCGUUUAUGUCUUAGUUAGAAAACUGAAGAGUCUUCACCACUCAGUAAUACUUUUCAACUUUUCUUUGGUGGCCAUCACUGAGACAUCUAUCAUAACGUUAUUCUUAAAUGACUUCAAAUUCCCGGAUAAUAUACCGGCCAUUAGUGCCAACUCGUGGCUCAUGUGUUUGGUCGCUAUCUUCUCAUUUUACGGACAAUUAUUGCUUACGAAAGCACUUCAGGCAGAAGAGGCCGGUUUGGUGUCCAUAGUUAGGGCCAGUUCUGAGGUAAUCUAUUCGUUUGUCUUUCAAAUAACGAUAUUUAACGAAAUACCGGACAAGUGGUCAGUGUUUGGAGCCGUUUUGGUCAUGUCUUCAGUACUUAUGUCAUCCAUACGUAAAUGGUUUGUAACGCUUCCCAAAAACUCGACGGUUAAGAAAAGUUUUAAAUUUGUUACCAAAUGA